AAUUCCACAACUGACAACUCCGACUUGGAAUCGUUGCCAGACCUCACCGAAGACGAUGGCACCCCCACCACCACCCCCCUCAAAAGACGUCCCUCCAUCAAAAGCUGCUUCUUCCAGGACCCCAUCCAGCCCAAAAAACUAUUAUUCACAAACCCCUCUGCAUUAUUACCAUCUACCCCCCUUAGCUCUGCUUCGCCAUCCAUAUUCGACAUCCCCGAAUUGGUGCAUAAAAUAGUCGAAUAUGCUUCCUUACAAAAUACUGUCAUUCCACAAGAGUCAACCCCCGUCAGACGAAAGCCAUUGUCGUACAACCACGCCAUGUUGAUCCAUGGCAACAAAGAGCAGGCAGAAAGCGCGUUGCUGCAAAAACAGUACCAGUCAGAGAAGCCAGGCUCCUGCAACGGAGUGCUCUUCAACUGCCUCCAGGUCAACAAGUUGUUCUACCAGGUGACCAUGGAGGUCUUGAGCAAGAACUUUUUCUUCAGCGAUGAGAUCCAGUUCAGCAAGCUCGCAGCAUCUAUCUCCACACGCACCUGCCAGCUCAAGUUGAAGCCCACCUCGUUCGUGCUCCACAAGUUGUUCAUGUUGAAGCAAAGCGCCAUCGACAUGAUCAAGGACCACAUUGACUUCAGCGACUUGGAGUGGUUGGAGCUCUACAUGUGUCCCAAGCUCUACCCCACCAUCGAGUUCUUCCAGCUGGGAGGACACAGGUUGAAGAAGUUGAUCAUCACCGGCUCCAAGGUUAUCGACGACGAAUUUCUCAUCAUGGUCAGCAAGCACUGUCCCAACCUCGAAGUUUUGGACAUCCGAGCCUGUGAGUUGGUGUCGGACAGCGGAGUGUACCAGAUUGCAAAAAACUGUCGCAAACUCACCAACAUCAAUUUUGGCCGCAAACAGCGAGGCCACCUCAUCACCGACAGCAGCUUGUCGAUUCUCAUCAGCAACAACCGUGGCUUGGUGACGGUGGGGUUGGCAGGGUGCCACGUGAGCGAUCGUGCCGUGUGGGACUUGGCGGUGCACUGCAGCGGCAGUCUCCAGCGGUUGUCAUUGAACAACUGUCCCUACAUCACCAACCAGUCAAUUCCGUUGAUCUUGACGCGCCCCAACAUCAAUUACCCCACGUCAUACUUCCAGAACUUGUCGGUGUUGGAGUUGCGGUUCGAUGUGCAGAUCACCAACUGGCAGCCCAUCAUCGAGUUCAAGAGGAGGCAGGAGUAUCGUGGCAUCUCCAUUCUCAUUGAGGUGUGCGAGACGUUGAUGGUGCGAAUGAGACAGCACGAGUUGGAGAUGGACAGAGCCAUCUCGCAGCGCAUCUUCCGGGACAUCUUGGACUGGGUCAACGAUGCCAACGAUGGCGAUCUUCUGUAUCACCAGCUUCUCGAGUCGCGGAGA